AUGAGACAAGAAACGGCGGAUAUUGAAUCUAGACUGUGUCAGCAAUUCGGUGAGUUACAGAAUUCAACCAUCUUGUUAGUGAGUGACAUAAAUACAGAUGCGAAUCUCAGGAUGCAGAAUUUAAGUACAUUAUUAACAGGACUAGAAGACAAAAUUGAAAGUAGAUCAGACUUUAAUCUUGCAAGCCAAAACAGAACAGUUGCAUUAACAGCAUGCGGAGGUGGAGGAUACAACUCUGGGGAUAUUGCGAAAUUUGGCAAUGUAAAACAACACAAAGGAUUUCGGAAUCUUGAUGCGUUUAAGCAGUCCGGAACAUUUACUUGUGAGGUAGGAGGAAUGUAUGUGUUCUUUGCUAGUCUGAUUUCGUCGUCACCAGAUGUACAUUUUCGGUUGUAUAAGGAUUCAGUGCCACAAAAUUAUGUUUUUAUUUCUAGUCGACCUCCUUCUUAUGAAUCAGGAUCUGGCAUGUUGGCAGUACAACUUACUGUAGGCGAUACUAUCACCUUAAAAAGUGUCAUUUCAAAUGCACAUAUAAAUGGAGCUUCUUGUAUUACAAUUUUUAAGUUUCAAUAG